AUGUUAUGUAAUAUCCCUCUGAAAACCGGCGAAGUGCUGAGUGUUGGUGCUGCUGAGAGUCAAGAGCGAAAACUGAGGGCCCAAGGGGUGGAAUUCCUUUAUAUACCCCCACUGACCAUCAGUGCCAGCUUUGGGUAUAGGGUCUCAGAACAAGCUCAUUGGACAAUCCAACAAAACCAUAAAUCACUGGCACACUUCUUGAGUCAAAGGGUGGGAUAUGAAACAUUACAUAAAUUUGAUUGGACAAUAAGGCUGAGGAACAUAAGUCUAUCUGCAAGACAAAGACUGAGUGCUGUGGUGUACUCCCAGUGUUUCUCCCCUUGUGGCAAAUUCCUAGCUACAGGCAACAACUAUGGACAUAUUUCAAUAUAUAGCCUACCAGCAGCCCUGUCUCCUAGUGCUAGUGAAGCAACAUGGAAGGCCAUCCUAACAUUUAAAGCUCAUCCAGUAGAAAUUUUUGCCUUGGUUUCAACAGAGCAAUUCAUUAUAAGUGCUGGGAGUGGCGCAAUAAAGGCAUGGAAAUGGUCAGAUAUCCAUAGCAAGACACUCAGAGUUGUCUGGAGUUUGGAAAUUCCUCAAAGUGUGACGGACAAUCCUGAAACUAAUGCUUUAGUGGUAGAUGAACAGGAGGGAAGCAGUAGCUUGUAUGCUGGAUGUGGGGACAACAAUCUCUAUCAAUGGGACAUGAACACUGGGGACUUACUGAGGACAUUCCAGGGUCAUCAGGACUAUGUACACUGUUUAGCCAAGAGGAAUGAUUCCGAAAUAAUCUCAGGAUCUGAAGAUGGCACAGUUAGAAUAUGGGAUACAAGAACAGAAGAAUGUGUUCAUCGGCUAGAACCACAUAAAAUUGAGCAAUGCAGCAGAUUACAAUUUGGCAAGUGGAUUAGUUGUGUGGCUGUGGAUGACAACAGUGACUGGAUGGUAUGUGGAGGAGGUCCUGCAUUGAGUUUGUGGCAUUUAAGAUCACUCUCAAGUUCAACUACCUUCCAUGCUCCAAAAGUCUGCUCCCAGUUUGCUAUGUUCUAUGAAGAUACUGUGAUCUCAGGUGGUAAUGAACCGUAUGUGAGUCACUGGAUGAUCAGUGGAGAACAGAAGCAACAUGUCCCAUGUAGUCCCACUAGUGUGUAUAAUGUGGCCAUCAAUGAGAAAUCAAACAAUUAUAAGGUAUUGGCUGUAGCAGGUAGCAGUCAAAAAGUGGACAUUUGUACAAACUUUAACUAUAAAGCCCUAUCAUUGACAUGCUGAUACCAUUGGAAAGCCCUAUCAUUGACAUGCUGAUAUCAUUGGAAAGCCCUAUCAUUGACAUGCUGAUACCAUUGGAAAGCCCUAUCAUUGACAUGCUGAUAUCAUUGGAAAGCCC